UUGCUGAAACAGAAGACGAACAGUACCCUUGAUCCUGAAGGACAUUUUCUCUAAACAGGAGACGUUCAGCCUAAGAAGAAAUGGCAGCUAUAGUUACCGGUCUGAUCCCCAUUCUCCGUACCGCUGUGGACGCCAGCGCCACCUACAAAGGGCGCACGGUGUGGUUCGGCUUUCUCUGCAUUCGCCUCGUGACCCUUUUUGUGGCCGAGAUGCCGUGGUUUAAACUGGACUCUGACUUCAGCUGCAACGUCACUGGAGACCUGUGCAGUCGAGCCUGCUUCAAUAAACACUUUGACAAACCCGUGGUAAUGGCCUGGAACUUCAUCUUCAUCCUUUUGAUCAUGUCGGUGCUGCUCAUGGAGCUCUUCACUGCCCAUGUGCACUCUGUUUUUCAAAAAAAGAGUUCUAAAAAGAACAAUCAGGUGGAGCUGGAAUCUCUAGGUGGGCUGAAAAGUGCGAAUGACCCUGCCAGUAACCCGAGUGGAAAGAUGAUCCUGGAUAUGCAUGGAAGCAGGAAUGCUGUGCUGUUCUACCUUUUAAGUGUGAUGCUACGAAUUAUGGUAGAGUUAUGGUUUGUGUAUGUGUUGCUUUUUUGGAAUCUGCCUAAACUAACGGUAGAGAGCUUCCUUUGUACAGGAAUUUCUAGAUGUCCAGUACAGGAGUGUGUGGUGAGGGCUAGAGUGGAGAAGUGUAUGUCUAUCUAUGCUCUGGCGUCCAUUUCCGUCUUGGUUAUUAUUAGCAGUUGUAUGUUCUCUCUGUACUUUAUUUUUCAUUACCUGUGUAAUUGCUGUACCCAAGGAUCCUCUACUGUGUAA